AAAUCAAGGAAUUGUGGCGAAAGAAACACAUUUACGAAAAUAAAUGUGUUCGCUUUAUAUAAUCUUAUAUAACAGAAAGUGAAAGUAGCUAGGGAAGAUGUCCUUUUGCGGAUGGUUUUCUGGUGAAAAGUAUAGAGAUCAUUUUGACAGAGGAGUUUAUGCAUGUGCAAAGUGUAACAACCAUUUAUUUAGCAGUGUAUCAAAAUAUGAACAUUCCUCACCAUGGCCAGCCUUCAACAAACUGAUCAGGGAAGAUUCUGUACAGAGAAUUACAGAAUCAAAAACAGCCAUAAAGAUAUUAUGUGGUAAAUGUGGUAAUGGUCUUGGACAUGAAUUCCUUGGUGAUGGACCUAAACAGGGACAUAAUCGUUACUGAAUAUUCAGUGAGUCUCUCGUCUUCAUUUCACAUGACAAGAUGAGAGACACGCCUGUAACUGAAUCCUAAGAAGAUCAUAUUAUUCCGAAGCUAGCUCAAAACCAAGAUGUUAUCAUUCCAUUAUAUAAAAAGAUUUUUGCCUAUUGUAUUAGAAAAGAUGAGUUUAACUUGGUAUUAUGAUUAUAAUAUAACAUUGCAUCUCCACAGCAAUUGUACACAUAUAUAUGUUUUAUUUUAUAUGUGAACUUCAGAGAGAUCAUUUCAAAUUAUGAAUUUCCAUACUAAUUUUAUUAUAUUUAUUUAUUGAUGAUGUGGUUAGUGAAUUCCAGUUUCUAGCAUUUGUAUAACAUUUUUCUUGUGGGAGAAAUUUUAUUGGAUGUGCUUCCAUAGCAACCAAAGAUGUAUAAUUUCUGUUUUGAAUUUUCCGUGAAGCGUUCAGUAUUUUUGUGUUUUUAAUUUUUAUCUGGAGAUUAUUAGUUUUGGGUAUUAUUUUGACUGAAGUUUUAAUAACAAUACUGUGAGCUAUUUAGACACUAUGUUUUUGCAGUAGUAAGAAAAUAAUAUAUGAUUUUGGCAAGUUUAUUAUUGUAUUUAAAAUAUUAAAUAUAAACUUUUCCACUUGUUUGAAUAUAAACAUAUUUUCGUUGACCUUUUAUUGAUGGUUAGUGAUAUGUUUUGUCAUGAGUGAUACAUAUAGAGAUUAAUAUUAUCCUGUUAAUCGUAAAUGAUAAUAUAUAUGAAUUACAAAACUCUAUUUUAGACAUAUCAUUGUUCUUGAUAAUUGAAAAACAAACAUAAUUUUUGUAUGAUAAAACUACUGCUCUUUACUCUGUUUUAAAAUGAGUAACCUUACUCUAUUUAUGGAUGACCUUUACUUUGUUUAUGAAUGACCUUUACUAUGACCUUUUGAUUUUGAGCUAGCCUAGGUAGGCGUUACACUACUGAUGGAUCAAGUUGUUUUAGUAAAUGAAGUAUAUAUGAAGUUGUCAGGCCACAGUCCACAUGGAAAAGCUAGACAAUGGAAACUUUCGCUCUUUUACUGAUCCUUCUAGAACCUUCAUAUGCUGUGUUGCCAAAAAAACACUUUUUUCAUUUGAUUUGAUUAUAAUCUUUGCAUAUUUUGUUACCAAAGAAACCCUUAUUGUACUCAUUUGACUAUAAUCUUGGUAUGUUCUUUUCCACAAAUUUUGCCUCGUCUGACUUGAUUAUUAUCUUGUCUUGGUUGUUAUGCCAAUUUUUUUUUUAAAUUUUGCAGAAAUUUUUGUACCCACAAGCCUUCUUAAAUGUUUUGUUUAUGCAAUAUAUAUAUAUAUAUAUAUCUGUGUUAAGCAUAUUAAUUGGAGAAAAUAUUUUAAUGAUUUAUGUAUUUAAGUGUUUUUAUUUUAUUUAUAGUUUUCUGUUGACAUAAAUGACAUGGCAUUGUAAACUUUUUUUUGGAUUUUUCAAGUGUUUGUGUUGAUAUUUAUUUUUUGUUUGGUAUUCACUUUUCAUCACUGUAAAUUUAUGUAUAACGAAGUUAAGUGAUUACUCAGAACUCAAAUUAGGAUAUUUAUUGUCAGUUUCUAUUUUAUAAUUGUGAGAGGCAAUAGGGAUCACAACAUCUAAUCUCUACCUUAUCUAUUGAGCAAGCUUAUCCUUAUUAGGUAAAACGAUUUUCAAUAAAUAAUUUAAAUUGAAAAUUGUUUACCUAAAAUGAUGUUUUAUGGGACAUAAAAAUAAAUGACAUUUUUUUUUGGAGACAUGGAAAAUAAAUUUAAAACAAUAUUAAUAACUCUUUGUAUGAUGCAUUAAUAAAUAUACCAAAAAAAUAAAAACAAAUGUGACUAACAAUUGUAUUAUGAUUAAUAAUUGUACGCAAGAAAGAAGUUAUAAAUAUUAGAUCUGAUAAUCAAAAUGUUAUAGAUACACUCAGGGCCAUGUGUAUUGCAUGUAUUGUCUUUCAUUUUGAUAUGUAAAUUUUGAAAGUUUUAUCGAAUAAAUUGAUUCAGAAAAACA